CGCGGAGCGGCGAGGAGCGGAGCGGCGGAGCCGCCUCCUACUCUUUAUAAUCACCCUCCUCAUCCUUCUCCUCACUCAGCGCCGGGGCGGCGUCAGGGGGGCAGGAUGGCCGAGCUCAAGUCUCUGGCCGGCGAGGCAUACCUGGCGCUGGCCCCGGGCUACGCCCAGUCGCCUUUCUCCUACGGCGGCGCCCCGAGCCCUCGGGGAGCCUUGGCGGGGGGCGGCGGGGCGGCCUUCCACCACCCCGGGGCGCUGGGCAAGGCGGCGGAGAGCAGCGGCGAGCAGAGCGGCGACGAGGAGGACGGCUUCGAGGCCGGGGCGAAGGGCGGCGAGGUCUUGGAGCGGGAGGGCAAGCUGAAGGGGGCCGCGCUGGGCAAGAAGCCCAAGGAGCAGCGCUCGCUGCGCCUCAGCAUCAACGCGCGGGAGCGGCGGCGGAUGCACGACCUCAACGAUGCCUUGGACGGCCUGCGCUCCGUCAUCCCCUACGCCCACAGCCCCUCGGUGCGCAAACUGUCCAAAAUCGCCACCCUGCUCCUGGCCAAGAACUACAUCCUCAUGCAGGCGCAGGCUCUGGAGGAGAUGCGGAGGCUGGUGGCCUACCUGAACCAGGGCCAAGCGCUCGGCGCCCCGCUGCCCGCCACCCUCAGCCCCUUCGGACAGUCGGCCGUCUACCCCUUCACCAGCACGGCCUUGCCCGGCUGCCCUGAGAAAUGCACUGCCUUCACGGGAGCCACCUCUGCCCUCUGCAAACACUGUAACGACAAGCCUUGACUUCUGCCUUCUUCGGGCUUUUCGGGUUUAUUUUUCUUUCUUUCUUUCUUUUUUUUUUUUUUUCCUGUGCACCUCUCUUUCCGCUUGCCACCAGCCCCGGCUUCCUGCCAUCAGUUAAGUCUGGGUUUUCUGUUUGUUCGUUUUUAUUAAAUCACCCUCUCGUACCUCAUUUGGAGAUGCUCAGACCCAAAACACACCCACUGUUAACUUUUAGUUUCUUCCCCCCAUGCAACUCCAUCGGUAGUCGUUUCCCUCCCAGCCCGUUAGCGGACUGUGAGCGUGGCGUUUCUUUUCUGCCUGCUCUGACCUGCAAAGUUCUUGAGCAGUUUUUAUACUACAGGAGCACAGGGAGGGGGGGAGAGAGAGAUCUGGAAGUGGAAACCUCAGUGAGUUUUCUUUGGACUGAGUGAUCUGGGUUGAAAACAGCUUAAAAGGAAAGAAAGAAAACCCAGCCCCGAAACUAUGCAAUGUUUCAGAGCCACACUUAAAUGACGGGCUUCAUCUGUAGCCAGACAGGGCUUGCUUGUGCCCAAAAACCUAAAUGAAAAUGUCAUUUGGUCAGCUCCUGGGAGGGAGGCAGUCUGGUGCUCUUGAUAAGCUAUAGAUGCUUCAAAAUAAGAUGCAUUAUUUUGAUCUUUAGAACAAAAUAGUCUUGAACUGAGGGGACUCUGAUUGUAUGCUAAUGCCUGCUUUUUGCCUGUUUCUCAGCUUGGUUAAGUUUUCCAGAUUUUCCAAAGUCAUUGCUCAUCGUAAGCAAAACAAAGGUCACUUAACAUAUUUAUAUGUGUUUAUAAUAAAUAAAAGACAUGAAUAACCACUUUCUCUGUCCUACAUGUCUCUAAAACCAGCUGGCAGUCCGAGCAAAGCCCUGCUGAAGUCAGGUAACGAGGAGGUGCUGUAGCAGUGCUUCGCAGGAGAGCAGCGCUGUGAACUUAGCUUGACCUACGUGUGGUUUGGGCUGCUUAAUGUCACGGCUAAAUGAAUAAUCUCUUGCCAAGUAUUGACUGCGGUAGUACGAGUUACCAAGUGAGUCCCUCGCCGACCAAGUUUUGAUGUCAAUGUGCCAGUUUACUUUGGUUUUCUGUUUUAUUAUGUUUAAUGCUUUGGUGCCUUGUAUGCUUCACUAAUCAUUAUAUAAUCAUACUUGAGGUGCACUCAGUGAUUCCUGUUCAGAUAGGAAUACCCACCCCAUGUCAGAGCAACCACAUAAACUGGUACAGUCGCAGCCUGAGGGGCUCGAGCUGUCCAUGGCCAUUUGUGUUAGGAGUGGGGUGUAACUAUUUAGGGUUAUUAAACCAAUUUCCAUGGCUGUCGUUAGUGUUAUGCUAAUUUGAAAAGGACUGCCAUCCCUCUAAAGCUGCUUGUCGGUGGCACUUAAUUUUAAUUAAUACAUUUCCAAAAGACUUUUUGUGUUUGGAAAAUGAAGUGUGUGAUUCAGCUUCAUUCAUAAAGACGUAUUCUUAAAACUGAUUCUUGCUCACUUCCAAUUUUAUAUCUUCAUUUCCUCUUUUUUUUUCAGAACAGUUUAUCUGUUGUACCUCUUUCCGUAAAAGAAAGUCUUGAAAAUAUUCUUUAAAGGCAUCUGAUGAAGUGAAAGCCAACCAAAACCACUCCUGAAGCAAAAUUGACUGGAAACUGCAAAUCAGCAAAGGUCAUUCGAUAUCUUGCAGACUGAGUUGUUGCCAGAAAUUAUUUUGAAACAAAAAAGAGGAGGGUCUGUGUAACAGAAUCAUGAUUUUUAGCUAAAUGUUUGUUAAUUCUGGUUAAAAUUAUUGCAAAUCGAGCAGUUGGGAAUAUUUAAAUGGAGGAUGGUUUAAUUUCUGUUUUAACAGAAACUGAAAUAGUUGGAGUACUUAACAGCUUAAUAUUAAAAAAAAAGGAGUUUGGGUUGGUUAGGAACUUAAGCUAAUAACAAUUGAAUUUAUAAUUGCUUUUUUUUUCCUCAAUUAUGGUGAAAAGUGGCUCAAUUUCAGAGCUGAGAAAAGUCUUUGUAGUCUUGCGGACUGUUAUUUUUAAGAUAUUUUUAGAAUAAUUAUUUUUAGUACAAUGAUUAACUUUUCCUACAGUUUCCAUGAGAAAAAGGCUUGCUCAUAUUACUGUAUCUACCUGGAAUCCUAAAAAUUCACCUUCAGGGAGUCCUUGAAAUAUUCAGAAGGCUCUUUGAGAACCCACAUUGAAUUAGCAGGAGGCUAAACGUAGAAUUUCAAAUGCAGAAGUUAAAACCUGUAUUUAAGAAAAUGUAAAAAAUUAAAAAUAGCAAGCCUGAAUAUCUAAGUACUGUUAAAAGGCUAAGUAUUAAAAACAAAUGUAGAACUUAUCAAAGCAAUACUAAAGUAAUGUGUAAAUAAUUAUUAAAAAUCUACUUUAAAGUACAGUUGUUUUAAUUCCAAAGUGAAAAGAAGCCCAAUUAUAACUCUGCAACAGACAAAUUAGUAUUAAACUACAAGGUGACUAGCUUCUGAGAUAAUCUGAAAGUUCAGUUCCGUGACUUUUUCUAAGCCACCGUGGACCUGCAGGAUUUUAACUCUUUUUUUGUACAGAGCUGGAACCCAUACCGAGCCCUUCGUGCUUCCUGUUGACAGGAAGGCAUCUGUUUCGGUAUGAUUUGCUCUGCGUUGAGCUGCUGCUAAAACUGCUGCCAAGUGAAUGCCUGAUACUGUUGGAAAGAUGGUUUUGUUGGGAGGAGAUAAACUGGCGUCUGACUACUGCAUUUGUGUGUGUGAAGCAUCAGUGUUAACCUUGCAAAUGUGGAUGGUUAUCCUGGGGAUAAGAUCCCGUGACCUGUCAUUUAUUUUUUCCCAAUGAAAAAAAAAAUCUAUUCUGUGUUCCAUGUAAGGUUUUAAGUGUCUGGUUUUGGUUGGUGUUUCAGAGAAUAUAAAGGGAGCAUUUCAAAAUGCUGGAACUCCCUUUUUCUUCUCAAAUGUCCUUGUUAUGAUUCCUGUUUGGUUUUUAUAAAGAAGGAUUUAUGAUGUAUGCUGGGAUGGAACUGAAAUACAGAUCAUGUGUUCUACUCGUUAUCCUGGUAUGUUCAAAGAAAAGACAAUGCCAACUUUUAAUUAAAGAAUAUAUUGUUUUCUUACCUCCCUUAGUUUUUCUUUAGAUUGCAAAAAUAGUCAGCACACGGUCUCAUUAGGAAGAGAUGCAAAGAGGAGAUGCUACUCACCUGCCUGUUGCUUUUGUAUGAUACGUGAUAUCCAAAACUAA